GUCACUGCGAGACUAUCUCAAAACCCCGCGAUUGUCUUGGACUCUCGAUUCUCGACAACCACAGAUUCACAACACCAUGGAUAAAGCAAAAGCGGCCGUCGAUUCCGUCAUCGACGGCGUCAAGAAAGUCGCCGUUAGUGGAGAGAAAAAGCAAAAGCAGAAAGUCAAGAAGGAAAAGGUUGUGGAUAGCGGGGAUGCUGGACCACUUGAACUCAAUCCUCAGCCGCAGUUUCUUGCGGAUCGAUUGCAAUUAUUCGACAAACUCAAGGCCAAGUUCGAUGCCGAAAUUGCUGCCAAACCUCGAGAACCGAUUACCAUUACCCUCGGAGACGGAAGCAUCAAACCAGGUACCUCGUGGGAGACUACACCUGCCGAAAUUGCCAAAGCCAUCUCGAACAGUUUGUUCAAGCGCACAGUAGUCGCCAAGUUAAAUGGAGAUCCAGAGCAACUUUGGGAUUUGGAGCGACCUCUUGAAGCAAGUUGCAAAUUGGAACUGCUCACAUUCGACGACGAGCUUGGAAAGAAGGUGUUUUGGCAUUCAAGUGCGCACAUAUUAGGAGAGGCCUCGGAACGAAGAUUCGGAUGCAGUCUGUGCAUUGGUCCUCCAAUUGAUGAUGGAUUCUAUUAUGAAAUGGGAUUGCCAGAAGGUGGUGCCGUACAGGCAUCAGAUUGGAAGCCAUUGGAGACUUUGGUCACCCAGAUUGUGAAGGAGAAGCAACCUUUCGAGCGACUUGUUCUUACCAAAGAGGAUCUUCUGGAAAUGUUUAGCUACAACAAAUACAAGCAGCAUAUCAUCAAGGAUAAGAUCAAGGACGGAGAAUCUACAACAGUCUACCGAAAUGGACCUCUUAUUGAUUUGUGUCGUGGACCUCACGUACCUAAUACCGGCAGAAUCGAGACCUUUGCUAUCAUGAAGAAUUCGGCAUCAUAUUUCCUUGGCAACAAGGACAAUGACUCUCUUCAGAGAAUUUAUGGUGUAUCCUUCCCUGACAAAAAACAGAUGGCUGAGCACAAGAAGUUUUUGGAGGAAGCCGCUAAGCGCGAUCACCGAAAGAUUGGUAGAGAUCAAGAGCUGUUUUUCUUCCACGACCUUUCACCAGGAUCUGCUAUGUGGCUACCCCACGGAACCCGUAUCUACAACACCAUUCAGUCUUUUCUGAGGGAAGAGUACUGGAAGCGUGGUUACAACGAAGUCAUUACACCAAACAUGUAUAACUCGGAGCUCUGGAAGACAUCAGGUCAUUGGGAUUACUACAAGGAUGACAUGUUUACAUUUGGCUCUGACAAGGAGACAUUUGCAUUGAAACCAAUGAACUGCCCCGGUCAUUGUCUGAUGUUUGACCACCGCGAGAGAAGUCACCGAGAGUUGCCAUGGAGAGUUGCUGACUUUGGUGUUCUUCAUCGAAAUGAAGCUUCAGGUGCUUUGUCCGGGUUGACUCGUGUGCGUAGAUUCCAACAGGAUGAUGCUCAUAUUUUCUGCAGAGAAGACCAAAUUAAAGAUGAAAUCACGGAACUUUUUGGUUUCCUCAAUGCUGUCUACGGCUUACUGGGUUUCACUUUCAAGAUGAAGCUUUCUACACGACCAGAGAAAUACAUGGGCGCAUUAGAGACCUGGAACAUGGCCGAAGACAAGCUUCGUGCCGCAUUGGACGAGUUUGUUGCCAAUGGAGGUACACCAUGGGAGCUUAACGAGGGCGACGGAGCCUUCUAUGGACCCAAGAUCGAUAUCACCAUCUCUGAUUGCUUGAGAAGAGAGUGGCAAUGUGCUACUAUUCAACUUGACUUUCAACUUCCACAAAACUUUGGUCUUGAGUACAUGACAUCCGAGGUGAUUGUAAAACCAAAGGAAGAUCCUGAAGAAGCUGCAGCUAAGGCUAAGGCAGAGAAGGCUAAGAAGGAAGAAGCUAAGAAAGAAUCAGAAGUACCAGGCGCGAAGAAGGAGAGAGUCAUUAAGCCUCUCACUCCUGGAUGUGCCCGUCCAGUCAUGAUCCACCGAGCUAUUGCUGGAAGUAUUGAGCGAUUUACCGCAAUCUUGACAGAGCAUUUCGCUGGAAAGUGGCCUUUCUGGCUCAGUCCUCGACAAAUCUUGAUUGUACCUGUUGGUGUUGGAUUUUACGAGUACGCCAAGGAGGUGCAAUCAGUCUUCAAAGCACAACACAUGUUUGUGGAUGUUGACCUUAGUGGCAACACUCUACAAAAGAAGAUCCGUACAGGACAAUUGUCUCAGUACAAUUUCAUCUUUGGUUAGUUGUUUCAACCCAUGCUUCAAUAUACUCGCUAACAAAUUAUCUAGUUGUUGGUGAUCAAGAGAUGACUGGAAGAGAAGUUAACGUUAGAAACCGUGAUGAUACAUCAAGUCAAGAUAGAGGAAAGCCAGUCCCAUUGCAAGAGGCAAUUGAAAAGCUUACUGCGCUGAGAGAUGAGCGAAGAAGCGAUAACCCCUUUCCAGGAGAUGCCAAGGCUGAACCCAAAGCUUGAGGAUCUUCUGAGUGUGGAGUCGCGAUAAAAAUGCAUUUGCAAUGUUUCUGAUGAAUGAAUGGAGAUAUAUACCGUCAUUAUGGGAUAAGCAUAUGUGUAAAUGAGAUAAUUAUGAUGAAUGAGACACAAUGAGCACAUUUAUGGUUGUUGAAAA